UUUCAUUCUUUAAUCUUUCAGGUAGAAGUGAUAACAUUGUUGGAAAUAUGACAACCACAGCAAGCGAGAUUACCGUGCAGAACCAGACCAGCGUUCAUGAUGUUGAGGCAUUGGUUCAAGCCGCUGUCAGUGUGCUCACAAAUGACAUGCAGAUUGCCACACAUGACCAUGGUCAUGUUGUACAAGAUGCAGAACAUGGCACUGUACAACUACUUGUUGACACAUGUACCAGUAACAACAUCCAGGAGAGACUGUACAUGUGCACUGACUGUAACCUAGCAUUUUAUGGGGAGCAGGGUGAACAGGAAUGGCACUGGCACCUUAAACAACAUAAACCAUUCAAAUGUGACCUUUGUUCGGAAGCUUAUGAAGAUCGAGAAUCCCUGAAAACCCAUGUACGAACUCACUCGAUACAGAUGCCAUUUGUAUGUGACAAGUGUGGUUCAGCAUACAGUCUGAAGAACAAUCUCACCCAGCAUAUGAAGACACACGAGGAUAAAUUAUACCAGUGCGGGGAAUGUGAUGUUCUCUUUAAGUCACAGGUGAACUUGGAGAAACACCUAAGACUUCAUACAGGCGCUGUCACUGUGUUCACCUGUGAGACUUGUAAUAAGAAAUUCUCCCAUCAGAAGAACCUUGUUCAGCAUAUGAAAAUUCAUCAGGGAAAUAGUGGCAAACAGUUUAAAUGUCCAGAAUGUCCUGCCGCCUAUAGUUACAAGUGCCAUCUGUCCAGGCAUCUUAUUAUACACACAGGAGAAAAACCUUACAAAUGUAAGUUCUGUGGAAAGGCUUUUAAUCGGAAUGCUCAUCUGAUACGUCACAGAAAGAUGCACAGUGGUGGUGAAAAAGAAUGGAAAUGUGAACAUUGUGGCUUUGCUUUCUGGGAAAAGGGUGACCUUGUACGACACAUAAAAUCACACGAAGGAAACCGACCUCUAAAAUGUGAUUAUUGUGAGCAGACAUUCGUAUGGAAGCGUUACCUAUUGAAGCACUUAAACAAUUAUCACAAGGCAGAUGACAAACAUUUCUGUAAGACUUGUCUUGAAUGCUUGCCCACGGAGGAGGAUCUGGUGGAACACGAGGCUACCAAUCAUGCUAAUAAGAGAGCACUGACUCAUAAGUGUGAAAUAUGUGAGAUGGAGUUUCAUUUUAAAUAUAAAUUAGAUGAGCAUAUGUACCAGCAUACAGGUGAGAAAGCUCAUGCUUGCGAGAAAUGUCCGGAGAGAUUUAUUUCCAGAAAAGAUCUGGACAGACACAUGAUUGAUCAUCAACAAGAGGUGUCGUUUCGUUGUAACACUUGCGAGAAGACUUUUUCUACAAUAGAUGAGCUACAGUCUCAUGUCAAGUUGCACACAGGUAACGCCAAAUAUUCCUGCUCGCUCUGUCAUGCCUCGUUUCGAUGGAAGAGUCAACUGACUAGUCACAUGGUCGUUCAUUCUGCCGAUCGUGACUUCAAAUGCACAUUCUGUGCGCGUAAAUUUAAGCGCAAGCGGGACCUGAUUCGGCAUGUUAAGAUUUAUCAUGAUACCAAGCCGCCAUACACUUGCACUGAGUGUAACAAAGAUUUACACUCUCCUUAUAACCUGAUGUUGCAUAAAACUGAAACGCACUGGAAAGAGACAGAUAUUGAACCAGGCAAAUUUCCUUGUAUCAAUUGUACUGGGGUUUUUGGGCUUCAAUCUGAUCUUCAGAGGCAUUUAGAAAAGGUUCAUCCUCCCAGGCCUAACAUUUGCAUUUUGUGUAUGAAACGAUUCACUCUUUUCAAAUUUUUACAAAAACAUUUUGAGACUAAGCAUGAAGGUGUAGAAAUGGAAGAAGGUAGUAAUUAUGAAAUCAAAGAAGAACCAAAAGUAGAAGAAACAACUGUAACGGAAAUUGAAAAUGGUGAAAGUGCUGAUAUAAGGGGUCUAGAAAUGGAUGUUGACAAUAUUGACAAUAACCAAGAUUAUCAAAUAAUAGAAAAUGACAUUGAAGAACAUGAUGACAACCUAGAAAGUAUUGCUAACAAAUCUGAAGGGGAAUCACAGAACAUGAUUACAAUAGAAGGUAUGGGCCAACCUGUUGAUGAAGACUAUCAGGCUGAAACUGUUGCUACCUCAAAUGCAACUGAAAUGGCUGUUCCUAUACCAGAGGCUAUUACUCUAGCCCAGUUUUCUCAACAAGCUUCUAGUGAUGAUAUUAUUCCAGUAUUUUUACAAGAAAGUCAAAACAUGGACCAGCAACCUGCACAAGUUUUGCAGGAGAUGUCGGCAGUUCCAGUUUCCGCAGUAUCUACAAUGGCUCCAAAUUUUAAGAAUAUUGUCAAGGUAAUCCAACCUCAGGUAGUUUCCCUGUCGCAGGAAGAGGUAACAUCAAUGGCUAAUUCACAAAUGGUGACAGUUGAGACACCGCAGGUUGUUUCCAUGACUCAGCCGAGAAUUGUGAGCUUACAGCAUCCUGCUACCAAUCCGGCACCUCAUGUAGUCACCAUACCACAGCCUGCAGGUGCUACCAAUCAAGGACAACAACAACCUCAAGGUAUUGCCCGUUCAGCCGCUCAUGUUGUCACAAUACCUCAACCUCUGUUGACCUCUAUACCUCAACCGCAGAUUGUUAAAAUCCAUCCUCCUCAAAAUACAACAUCUCUAGCAACCUCACAGCAAACUGUAACACUUGGUCAAAGAAAGCUAGCUGCCAAUACAACUGUGAAAAUUCCUUUGAUAAAUAAAAAUCAGCGACAAACUAGUGGUGGUCAUAUUGUGGUACAGCAAAGUAAAGGACCCAAUAAACAGAUAAAAAUUAUAUCCAUGGACUAUAACCCUCAACAAAUACAGACAGUGCCACUAGCACAGUUCCAGAC